AUGCACAAUACAGCGUUUAAUAUCUUUGUUAUUAUUUUUCACGUAGUUUUAACCUUGGCAACUUUGUUUGGAAACUGUUUAGUCUGUGCAGUGAUAUGGAGGACUAGGGCUCUGAGAACAGUUCCAAAUAUGAUAAUUUUCAGUUUGGCCCUCGCCGACUUGCUCAUGACAAGUGCUUUCGUGUACCGAGUUGUUAAUCGCAUGAGUGGUGAGGAGUCUCACUCAACGUGCCACGCCAUUUCAGAAAUUGCUUUCUGUACAAUGUGUGUGAUAAUUCUACAUUUGACAGCCAUCAGUAUCGACAGAUUUAUCGCGAUAAGGUUUCCACUCCGCUACAAAACCAUUGUGACGGGGAAACGAACGAAAACUGCACUUAUUGCCAUAUGGCUACUCCCUGUGAUAGGAACUGUUGUGUCUCCUCAUUCGCUUCCCGACGCAGAGUACGAAGACUUCGUCGAUUACUAUGAUUCAUUUCAUUUGUGCUUGUCAUAUCAUGAACACAAAUUCAAAAACACAUCGAAAAUCUUUGCUGCAAUUAUAAUCUCAAUAUACAUCGUUUUGCCUUGCACUUUGACUGUUGGUAGUUACAUGUAUAUCCUGAAAGUGUCACGUCAUCAACAAUUAAAACUUAAACAUGAUGCUCACUUGGAGGGCGAAAGGAUGAGAAAGCUCGAGAUUAAAGUAGCAAUAACGUAUGGUAUUAUCAUCGGCGCGUUCAUGGCUUGUUUUUUACCCCUCUUAAUAGGAACUCUGCACCAACAGUUUAUUGGCAAUGAUGAGCGAGAGGAAAUGACUCGUGUCAUGACGAUUUUAUCAUUAAUUGCAUCCAUCAGCGCCUGCGUCAAUCCAGUGGUUUAUACAUGUAGGAAUCAAGAAUUCAGAAAGGCCUUCAAGAAAAUUUUUAAAAGAGGAAAUCAAGAGAUUGGCAACGAACUGACAACCUUUUCAAGAUAUUGA